AUGACCAACGAUAUCAUUUUUGCCGAGACCAUGUCAUUUGACUUUGUUCUUCAGGAUUAUUUCAAUAUUGCGAGUCCUCCCGUCAUGACGUCGGAUGUCGCCACCAAAGAUACGACUGCCGGUCGCAAAGGACGAAAGGCGCGGGACAGCAAGAGAAUCCCCCGGCCUCGAAAUGCUUUCAUGCUGUACCGUCAGGCAGUGCAUGCGAAAAUCGUUUCCAACCAUGCCGGUCUGCACAACAAGGAUAUCUGCAAGAUCGCGGGUGAGAUGUGGAGGACUGAGACGGAAGAGUUUCGACGCGCAUUUCGUCGCGCCGCGGAUGAGGAGCGACUUUUGCAUUCGUCGAAAUAUCCGGGUUACAAGUAUCAGCCUCAGACAAAGAAGCGCGAUUCACCGUUGUCGCGACGUCAACGUGCUUUUUCCAAGCCCAAGCAUACGAACAAACCCAUUCCCAUUCCUAAAGAUUCUUUCCCAGUCCAAGCCGUCGAGCCCCAUUCCUACCUCAGUACUUUAUCCCCACCCACUCGUUGCCUGGAUGACGAUGUCCUUAAAUCGUUUAUGGAUGAACUGAGUUUUGACGCUCUAUGCCCCGUCGACGAUUAUAUUUUUAGCUUGUUCAUGUAG